CCCCCUGAGAGGUCCAGCAGCAAGUGGCAGGUAAAGGACAAUUUCUGGCUGGCAACUGACGUCUGAGCAGGCAUCAGGAUGUUGCGCUGGGUCCAGAAGGUGCUGCCGCAGCCUCCAGGGACCCCUCAGAAGACCAAGACGGAGGAGCAGGUGGGGGCAGAGCCUGAGCCUGAGCCUGGGCUGGAGUUGGAGCCAGAGGCAGAGGCGGAGCCUGAAGUAUCCCCAGAGAAGGCUGAGCUAGAUGCUGAGCCCUUGCCACCCGAGGAGCCAUUCGAAGAGGAGGAAGUGGCCUUGGCUGGCCCGUGCCCUGAGGAGACCCAGGAAGCGGCCCAUAAUCCACCCACAUCCCUCCAGGCCGAGGCUGUUGUGGUUCCUGAACUAAACCGUCCUGGCAGCUGGGUGUUGAAUUGGCUCUGGAAGGGCGUGGAGAGAUUCGUCCCCCAGCAGGCCUGCAACGGUGGAGCAGCCCAGAACCCCGCCUCUGGCAGGGAGGAGGAUCAGGCUCAGGCUGGAACACAGCACCUUGGGCACUGCAGCACUGGGGACCCAGGUUGUGCAGACGGGCCCAGGGAGGCCUCCAAGACUCAAGACACUGAACCCUCGCCCUGGCUGCUCAGGUGGCUGGAGGAGAAAGUGCUGCCUCAGCCCCCCAAAACAUCUGAGGGCUGGAGGGACAAGCCUGCAGACGCUGCCUUGGAGCCAGAGCCCCCAAGAGCCUCCCUGGAAGCAGAGCCCAUGAUGCCGGCCCUGGAGAGCCUCGCCCCACCCACUCCCCGCUCCCUGGAACCUGAGAAGGAGCCAGAGCUAGAGCCAGAGCCAGAGCCAGAGCCAGAGCCCCAGCCUACCUUCCAGACCCCACUACGGCCACCGGGAGACCCUGGCAGGCUGAUGGCGUGGGUCCUGCACAGGCUGGAGAGGGCUCUGCCGCAGCCUGUGCUCCCUGGAAAGGCUGUGGAGCAGGUUAGUGUCAGCAUCCUCCCUGGAGGGCCAGUGCAGGCCCAGCUGCUUCUGGAGGAGGUGGACCCUGACUGGGAAGAGGCAGAGACUGGGGACGGCAGUGCCAGCCCAGAGGAGGCUCGGGCUUACCAGGAGGACAGCGGGGCCGUGGAGGAGACGUCCGGGGAGCUGCCCCAGAUUCAAGAGGAGGAAGAGGACGAGGAGGAAGAGGAAGUGGAGGAAGAGGAAGCAGAGGAAGAGCCCAGUAUCCUGCUGGAUAGCUGUCUGGUGGUGCACCCAGUUGUGGACCAGAGUGGAGUAACGAGGACUCAGCACCACAGGGACUUACACCAGAGAGCUUUAACCAUUGCCCUACACAGGAACUUCUACGCCGUGGGCGGCAUGGCUGCGGUGCAUUGCCUUGGGCCUCUCCUCCGCCGGCCUGGCACCAUGGCUAACCCAGGCCGGGACGUGGAGCUGAAUCGCCUGGUGCAGGAUGAGCCACCUGGCCAGGUGGCCCCUGGGCCUGCCCCUCCAAGCCUGGCAGAGCACCUCCCCAAUGUGCCCAGCUACCGCCCCCCAGCCACCCGCAUCCCCAUCCUCAUCUCCCGGAGGACAACCUUGUCCAAUUCCAGCUUUGCCAAGACCACCAGGAGUUCCAUCCGCCGCCUCGUGCCUGCCACGAGUGAGCACCCUGAGGUGCAGGUGGAGGAUGCUGACGCCGACAGCCUCCCGCUCAUCCUGGAGGAAAGUCUGCCCUCGCCUGUCCAGCCGACACCUUCUCCUGCCAAAUCUGACACCCUCACGGUCCCAGGCUCGGCCACGGGCACCCACAGGAAGAAGCUGCCCUCCCAUGAGGAUGAGGCCGAAGAGCUCAAGGCACUGUCACCAGCUGAGUCCCCGGCGGCUGCCUGGUCAGAUCCCUCCAGUCCACAGGGGACGGAUGGCCAGGACCGGGCCAUCUCCACGGCCAGCCAGAACAGUGAUGUGAUCAAUGACCGGCUGCAGGAGCUAGUGAAGCUGUUCAAGGAGCGGACGGAGAAGGUCAAGGAGAAGCUCAUCGACCCUGAUGUCACCUCUGAUGAGGAAAGCCCCAAGCCCUCUCCCAAGAAAACCACCGAGCCGGCCCCAGACGCGAAGCCGGUUGACGUGGGGCAGGUGGAGGAGGAGCACUACUGCGAGAUGCUGUGCUGCAAGUUCAAACGCCGGCCCUGGAAGAAGUACCAGUUUCCUCAGAGCAUCGACCCGCUGACCAACCUGAUGUACAUCCUGUGGCUGUUCUUCGUGGUGCUGGCCUGGAACUGGAACUGCUGGCUCAUUCCGGUGCGCUGGGCCUUCCCCUACCAGCGGCCAGACAACUUGUACCUCUGGAUGCUGAUGGAUUACCUGUGCGACUUCAUCUACCUCCUGGACAUCACCUUGUUCCAGCUGCGCCUGCAGUUCGUCAAAGGCGGGGACAUCAUUACGGACAAAAAGGAGAUGCGGAACAAUUACCUGAAAUCUCGCCGCUUUAAGAUGGACCUGCUCUGUCUCCUGCCUUUGGACUUCCUGUACUUGAAAUUCGGAGUGAACCCCCUCUUGCGUUUGCCCCGAUGUUUGAAGUACAUGGCGUUCUUUGAGUUUAACAGCCGCCUGGAAGCCAUCCUCAGCAAAGCCUACGUCUACAGGGUCAUCAGGACCACGGCGUACCUGCUUUACAGCUUACACGUGAACUCCUGUCUCUAUUACUGGGCGUCCGCCUACCAGGGCAUCGGCUCCACCCAUUGGGUUUACGACGGCGUGGGGAACAGUUACAUCCGUUGUUACUACUGGGCUGUGAAGACCCUCAUCACCAUCGGGGGGCUGCCCGAUCCGCAGACGCUCUUUGAAAUCGUCUUCCAGCUGCUGAACUACUUCACUGGUGUCUUUGCUUUCUCCGUGAUGAUCGGACAGAUGAGAGAUGUGGUGGGGGCCGCCACCGCGGGACAGACCUACUACCGCAGCUGCAUGGACAGCACAGUCAAGUACAUGACCUUCUACCGGAUCCCCAGGUCCGUGCAGAACCGCGUCAAGACUUGGUACGAGUACACCUGGCACUCCCAAGGCAUGCUGGAUGAGUCAGAGCUGAUGGUGCAGCUGCCAGACAAGAUGCGGCUGGACCUGGCCAUCGAUGUGAACUACGACAUCGUCAGCAAGGUGGCGCUCUUCCAGGGCUGCGACCGGCAGAUGAUCUUCGACAUGCUGAAGCGGCUUCGCUCGGUGGUCUACCUGCCCAACGACUACGUGUGUAAGAAGGGAGAGAUCGGCCGAGAGAUGUACAUCAUCCAGGCGGGCCAGGUGCAGGUGCUGGGUGGCCCAGACGGGAAGACUGUGCUGGUGAUGCUGAAGGCCGGGUCCGUGUUCGGAGAAAUCAGCUUACUGGCCGUGGGCGGUGGGAACCGGCGCACGGCCAAUGUGGUGGCCCACGGUUUCACCAACCUCUUCAUUCUGGACAAGAAGGACCUGAAUGAGAUUCUGGUGCACUAUCCCGAGUCUCAGAAGCUGCUCCGGAAGAAGGCCAGGCGAAUGCUGAGAAAUAACAACAAGCCCAAGGAGCAGAAAAGCGUGCUCAUCCUGCCCCCCCGGGCGGGCACCCCCAAGCUCUUCAACGCUGCCCUGGCCGCCGCUGGGAAGCUGGGCCCCAGGGGGGCAGCUAAAGGCGGCCAGCUGGCGCACCUGCGGGCGCGGCUCAAAGAACUGGCCGCGCUGGAGGCGGCUGCCAAACAGCAACAGCUGCUGGAGCAGGGCAAAAGCUCUGCAAACGCGGCUGGAGAGGCAGGUUCUGCCGACACUAAGCAGCCCGCAGCCCCAGGGGAGGCCGCCCGGGAGCAGCCCACGCAAGGUGUGGCCAUUGACCCAUUUCUGACCAAUGAGUGA